AUGGACUUAAUAGACCUUAGGAAUGAAUACUUUGUUGUCAGGCUAUAUAAUGAAGAUGACUAUUGGCAUGUCAUGGAGGGAGGGUCAUGGCUCCUUUUCGACCACUACCUCACUAUCCGACAAUGGACACCAGAUUUUCAUCCUUUUGGAGCGGCCAUCAAUAGGAUCCCAGCAUGGGUACACCUCCCAGAUAUCCCUAUUGAAUACUAUGAUAAGCGGUUCUUGGGUACGGUUGGGGAUCAGAUUGGAAAAACAUUGAAAGUUGACAUGAACACUGCUAGUCAGACCAAAGGCAAAUUCGCCCGUCUUUGUGUAGAGCUGGACUUGGAUAAGCCUUUUCAUUCUAAAUAUCUAGUGAAUGAGAGAAACUAUCAUAUAGAAUAUGAAGGGUUGCAUAUGCUCGGCUUUACAUGUGGAAAGUUUGGUCAUACUGAAGGAUGUAUAGAGAAGGCACAAAGUGCAACAUUCAAAUGUACAAGUGGAGACCAAGAUACGGGAAAUAAGGCAAACUCGCAGGAGGAGAGACAGAAUGGUACUGGAGACAGGAGGAUAAGGAGGGCAAACAACAAGGGUAAAAUAGUAAUUCAAGGGACUCUAAUGUUUGGGCCAUGGAUGGUGGUUAAAAAGCAGAAAAAUGACAAAGAGAUAAACUAA